CUUCCGGUCCCCUUCUCUUUCCUUUUCUGUGUCUCUCUUCCCGGCUCUGCGGCCGACGGUUGCAGCAGCGAGGAAGCAAGAUGGCGGCGGCGGGCGGCGAUUGCGACGUGAUUAUGGCCCCUGCGGCGGCAGUGGCGGCCUCCAUCCCGCACCCUGAGGCGCCGGGGAUGUUUAGCGACGAGGAUGAGGAUGCGGGGACGCGCAGAGAAGCAGAGUCCUUCAAGGAACAAGGAAAUGCCUUUUACGCCAAGAAAGACUACAACGAAGCAUAUAACUACUAUACAAAAGCCAUAGAUACUUGUCCCAACAAUGCCAGUUACUAUGGAAACCGAGCGGCUACUCUGAUGAUGCUGGGCAAAUUUCGGGAGGCUCUUGGAGAUGCCCAACAGUCUAUCAGGAUGGAUGAUAGCUUUUUGAGGGGACACCUUCGGGAGGGCAAGUGUCACCUCUCUCUGGGGAACGCUAUGGCUGCCAGCCGCUGCUUCCAACGAGUUCUAGAACUAGAUUGCAAUAAUGCACAAGCACAGCAAGAGCUAAACAAUGCCAGAACUGUCCUAGAGUAUGAGAAGAUUGCCGAAGCGGACUUUGAGAAGCGAGAUUUCCGAAAGGUGGUCUUUUGCAUGGAUCGUGUGCUAGAGUUUGCCCCCGCCUGCCACCGGUUUAAAAUCCUCAAAGCAGAAUGCUUAGCGUUACUAGGCCGCUAUCCUGAAGCACAGUCAGUUGCAAGUGACAUCUUGCGAAUAGACGCCACGAAUGCUGAUGCCCUCUAUGUCCGAGGGCUCUGCCUUUACUAUGAGGACUGCAUUGAGAAGGCUGUACAGUUCUUUGUCCAGGCACUUCGGAUGGCUCCAGACCAUGACAAGGCCUGUAUUGCUUGUCGUAAUGCUAAAGCGCUGAAAGCAAAGAAGGAUGACGGAAACAAGGCCUUCAAGGAAGGGAAUUACCAACUAGCUUUUGACCUUUACACAGAGGCCCUGGCAAUAGAUCCAAACAACAGGAAAACCAAUGCCAAACUCUACUGUAACCGCGGGACGGUUAACUCCAAACUUAGGAAGCUAGACGAAGCAAUAGAAGACUGCACAAAUGCCAUCAGACUGGACGAUACGUACAUCAAAGCAUACCUGAGGAGAGCACAGUGUUACAUGGACACAGAGCAAUUUGAAGAUGCUGUAAGGGAUUAUGAAAAGGUUUACCAGACAGAGAAGACAAAAGAACACAAGCAGCUCCUUAAGAAUGCGCAAAUGGAACUAAAGAAAAGCAAAAGGAAAGACUAUUACAAGAUUCUGGGGGUGGACAAGAAUGCUUCUGAAGAUGAGAUCAAAAAGGCGUAUCGGAAGCGGGCCCUGAUGCAUCACCCAGAUCGGCACAGCGGUGCAAGUGCUGAAAUCCAGAAAGAGGAAGAAAAAAAAUUCAAGGAGGUUGGCGAAGCAUUCACCAUUCUCUCUGAUCCAAAGAAAAAAGCACGCUAUGACAGUGGGCAGGAUCUUGAGGAAGAUGGCAUGAAUAUGGGAGAUUUUGAUGCUAACAAUAUCUUCAAGGCUUUCUUUGGUGGGCCAGGAGGCUUUAGUUUUGAAGCUUCCGGUCCAGGGAAUUUCUAUUUUCAAUUUGGCUAAACCACCAAAGAGGCCAGCCCCCUUUUGUGAAACCCACGCUACCUGACUGGCUUCUUUUAACCUCAAGUUACAUUCUCCCUUCAUCACAUCUCGCCAUUCCGUAGGGCCAUGGCGUUUUCUUCGUUGGAGACCUCAGUUUUUUGUGUGCGUGCUUUAGAGUGACAAGAAAAACCAGCGCUUGAAGAUAAAGAAGGGGGAGGGGCAGUGAAGGAAUAUUCUUCCCUUUUAAUUGUUUGUUUUUGUUGUUAACUUUAUUUUUUUAAAGUAAAAUAAAAUCUUUUGGUUUCUUCAUGAAAAGUAA